AUGUACAUUUCGGAAACUGAAGCAUUCAAUUUCCACUCUGAGUCCAUGCUGGGCUACAACAUGUUCAUGGAAAAAGAUGUCCUUGAACAAUCAUCGCAUCUAAUGAAUGAUUGUUUCACCAUCCAGUGUGACAUCAUGUUGUUCAGCUCCAAGGAUGCCAGUGGCGAUAAGGUGCUCAUGUCUGAAAUAGACCAACAUUUGAACAAUCUCCUUCAAACUAAGGUGGGUGCUGAUAUGACAUUCGAGGUCAGUGGCGAGAUGUUCGCUGCGCACCGAUGUGUGCUUGCAGCCCGGUCUAAAGUCUUCAUGGCACAACUCUUUGGCCCCAUGAAGGAGGGCACUACUACAUCCUGUGUCAUACAGAUCAAAGACAUGGAAGCAAAAGUGUUCAGGGCUCUGCUUAGCUUCAUCUACACAGACUCACUCCCUAAGAUGGAGGAUGACAAGAUGGAGGAAGACGAAGCAGCUGCUGUGGAAGAAGGACAAGAAGAGGAAGCAACAGAGGAUGAAAUGUCAGAAGUUGCGGAACAAGGACAAAGAGAGAAACCACCAGAGACUGUGCAAUGGCUGCAAGGCUUGCUUGUAGCCGCAGACAGAUAUGAUCUCCAACGGCUCAGGUUUAUCUGUGAAAGGCAGUUGUCCUUGCGCAUAGGUGUGAGCUCGGUGGCGUCUACUCUUGCUCUAGCUGAGCAGCACCACUGCCGCCCAUUGAAGGCGGCAUGCUUGAAGUUUAUCCAAGCCCAAUCUCCGUCGUGUUUGCAAAUAGUAAUGGCGACCGAUGGCUGGGAGCACUUAAUUACAACCUAUCCCUUUGUUUUGAACGAGCUCUUUGCCAUGUUUGCUUUGAACCAGAAGUAA